AUGGGUUCUUGGUCAGGCACUGCAUUCGAGCCAAUGCCCACUACGCAUAAGGAGAUAUGUUUAGCGCAGAGUCAUGAGAGUGGAUGCAUCUCUCUCUGUCUUGAAAACAAAGAGGGAGCGGCUAUUCGUGAUCUGGCUGCUGAAUCUGACACCACCAUUCCACCGCCAUCACUACUUUGGUACAAGAUCAGGGCAUAUUGUCGUGAUGCUUUCUCAGAGUUCUUUGGCACCAUGGUUCUGAUUCUGUUCGGCGACGGAGUCGUCGCACAAGUCCUCCUUAGCGAUGGCCAGAAGGGGAAUUAUCAAUCAAUAUCCUGGGGCUGGGGACUGGGUGUCAUGCUCGGAGUAUACGUCAGCGGUUCCUCCGGCUCUCACAUCAAUCCAGCCGUGACUUUCACAAAUUGCGUCUUCAGAGGCUUUCCCUGGCGCAAAUUUCCCAUCUUCGCGCUCUCGCAGACCCUCGGUGCCAUGUGCGGCGCUGCAAUUGUAUAUGGCAACUACAAAUCAGCCAUCAAUGUCUAUGAAGGAGGACCAAAUAUCCGUACUGUCCCUGGAUACUCGGCUACAGCAACGGCAGGCAUAUUCUGUACGUAUCCCGCCGACUUCAUGACCAAGACAGGACAAUUCUUUUCAGAAUUUCUGGCAAGCGCCAUCUUGAUGUUUAUGAUAUUCGCACUCAAAGACGACAACAACCUUGGCGCGGGCCACUUGACGCCCCUAGCACUCUUCUUCGUAAUAUUCGGCAUUGGUGCGUGCUUUGGCUGGGAAACUGGAUACGCAAUUAAUCUCGCGCGAGAUUUUGGCCCCAGGCUCAUCUCCUACAUGCUUGGAUAUGGGCAAGAGGUGUGGAAGGCGGGCAACUAUUAUUUCUGGGUAUUGCAUCCUCCUUGGAAUCUCUUCAAUCUCAGAUUCAAGAUGACCUUUACUGAUCAAUUAUAUUUCCAGAUUCCCAUGAUAGCUCCAUUCCUAGGCUGUACAUUCGGAGCCUGGAUAUACGAUCUUUUCCUGUAUACCGGACUGGACAGUCCGAUCAAUACACCCUGGAUGGGAAUUAAGCGUUUAUUUGGGUCACUUCACAAGAAGCAGAUAAUCCUACAAAGCCCAGUGUGA